AUUAAUCUGUAGAUAAAUUGUUUAAUGAUAAUACCAUUCCUAGUUCGAAUGAGUAAGACAUUCAACUAUUCAAGUGACCAUUUUAUCUUAAUUAGUAUUAGUAAUUAUCAUUUAACAUAGAGUGCGAUUAAAAAUUCAAAUGCUUAGUAUUGUUUAUGAUACAUUUUCAACUUCAUCCAGCACGUCAUUGAAACACCUUCUUGGUCUCCCAUGAUUUCUGUGUUCCCCAAAACCCUCAUUGCCACUCGUUUCCUUUCCCGAACCUGACCUCGAAUACACACUCCCAAACUAAUCGCCAUUAGAACCAUGAGCUCCCAGGGCAUGUUCCAGCUCAAGCUUGACCCAAUAGCCGGUACCUCUGAAUGGGUCGUUAUCGAAGACAACGAUAACGACGAAAGCUUCUCCCAUAAUUUCCACCAACCCCUCCUCGCCACGACAAAAGCUUACACCAGAAAAAGGUUGAUCUGUUGUUAGCAGAACCUUUCUAUGUAGGGCAUGAUGGCAUGCUUCCAUGGCAGAACCUGCGGUUUUGGAAGGAUCGUACAACACUUAGUGAUAUUCUCUCUGAAGAUGCUCUGAUAAUUCCUUGUAAAGGAAUAUUGAGAGCAUGUGCCGUCUCUCUUCCAGAUCUUUGGAAAAGUCGUUGUUGCUUGAGUAAUGUUGAAGGUUUUGACCAUUCAGUGGUAAAUGCUACAUUGGGAGCCUGUGGUCAUCUACCUGAUUUAGAAGAGGGUCCUUGUCUGCCUUUUUUUGUCUGGCAAUGUGGAGAAUUUGAUGUGCUUAGUGAGACAUUUGAUGUGAUGGAGUUUGAUUUUUCAAAACAAAUAUGCCAAUGUCAAGGAAAAUCCCAGGUUAAGUUCACCAAGACCGGGGUAUGUCAUGGAUUUGUGCUGUGGAUUAACUGGGUGAUGGAUUUGCAAAAUUCUGUUGUGAUAUCAACUGGUCCAGGUCACUCAUUUCCCUUUCCAACAUUAACUAAAGCUAUGAAGCCUCACUCUUCCAUUCAACACCUGUGGCAAAAAUUAUAGAUGAAAGACUAAAUCAAGACCCAAGACAAAACUCAUAUCUUAUAAAGGAUCUAGAACAAUACUAUGAGCUAUUGCUUAUUCUUUCCAUUUUAAGAUUGCAUAUAGGAGAUAUUGGAAACAGGGAGUAAAGCUUCUUGGAACACCUAGAACAGUAGGACCUC